AUGUCGGAAGUAAAAAAGAAGAGACGGCAAUACUCUGCGGAAUAUAUUAAAUUCGGAUUUAUUGAAAAUCCCACAAACCCGUCGUCGCCUUUGUGUCUUCUAUGUCUAAAAACAUUUUCGAACGAAGCAAUGAAGCCUUCAAGACUGCAAGAUCAUUUGAAUAAAAUGCAUCCAGAUAAGAAAGACAAGAAUGUAGCAUAUUUUCAAGACCUAGAGAAGAAGCAUAAUACUCAGCCAAGUGUAUCAAAACUAUUUUCGGCGGCUGCUAAGCAAGAUGACGAUGGACUUCGAGCUUUGUACAAUAUCUCUUUGUUAAUUGCUCAAAAAGGCAAACCACACAACAUCGGAGAAGAGUUAAUUUUGCCAGCAAUAAAGGAAGUAAUAAACUACUGUGCUUCAUAA